GGUACUUUGGGGUUUUAUAAGCCAGUUUCAUUCAGUCCCACACAGACAGGUGAUUUGAAAACAACUCUUUCUGUUUUUCACCUGCUCGUGUCAGGAAACUUACAGAAAUACACAAAUCCUUGCAGAGCUCGAGCGUCGACAGAUCUGUGAAUCAAUGGGAGCCAGCGGCCAAUUGGACCCGUUAGACUUUCUAACGAAUGAAGAUUUGCAGUAUUUUCUCCACCGCAAGAAGACGGAAAUUUCGUGCAUAGAUCAACCGCACGCGCUCUUCACUCAGCUGCGCGACCACGACCUGAUGACGGAGGAGCUGUUUGAGAGGGUGAAAACGAUUCGCUCUCGUGAGCAGAAGCAGAAGCGCAUCUAUGAGGUUCUGGACCGGCUGGAGAAAGAGAAAUCUCAGUGCAUGCAUCAGUUCUGGCGCUGUGUGUUUGAAGAACACAUCCUGCAGCUGUACCCGACGCUCCGCAAGCUCAGAAACAGCCUGCUGGAUGGCAGCUUCAGAUUCUAUGGUAAUUCUCUGGAUGUCGAGACAUGGAUGGAGAAUAGUGAAGGAAAAGGGGAGAAAGGAAAGGAGACAAGAAAGAGAAAUAAAGAUGAUGGAAUUAGUGACAGUGAGGAUAGCGAUGAGCCGGGUCCUUCCUCUGCUUGCAAACGCACUCGGAAGAAACCAGCCAAGAGCCCCUCAUUCACAUCUUCUGUGAAGAAGGGAGACAAGCAGAAGAUUGGGAAGAGACCUGUUAAUAAAUCUCAGGUGUCUGUAAACUGUGGGGAUAAAGUGGGCACUUUCUAUUGGGACAAACAGUCAAAAGGGGAGAAGUGCAUUUUGUCCGAGGGACGCUGGUUCAGCCCAUCUGCUUUUGAGAAGUUUGGAGGGAAGGAAAGGUAUAAAAACUGGAAAUCCAGCAUCCGCUCGGGAAACACAACGCUUAAGAAACUCAUAGAGGAGAAGGAUCUUCAGACUCCACCGAUGGAGAGGAAAAAGAGGAAAUGUGUCCCAAAAUGUAUGAAAAAGCUGUUUGAGGAUGAUGAUGAUGAGGAGGAGGAGGAGGAGGAGGAUGAGGUGGAGGAUGAGGUGGAGGAUGAUGAGGAGGAGGAUGAUGAUGGUCAUGAUGAUGAUGAUGAUGAGGAGGACAAUCUGUCAGUUUUCCAGGCUCACUCUUUACCAGUCACCUGUGUUUCACUUACAGGGACUUUACACAAAAGCAGGUUUGCAUCAGGGAGUCGUGGAAAGUGUAUACGGACUGAGGAAAGCUGGUUCACUCCGGAGGAAUUUGUAAAGCAGGAACCAACUCUCACUGAUGGACACUGGAAAAAAGACAUACUGUGCCAUGGAAAAACUAUCAACUUUUUGAUCAAGGAAGAGAUCCUACACAUCCAUUCUUUUCUGUGUGAAUGUGUGGAGUGCAGUGAUGACCCAGAAAAUCUAAUGGACCAGAAAAAUGACGAUAUGUGUUACAUAUGUGACUUUGGGGGAGAUCUUGUGUGUUGUGACGAGUGUCCACGAGCUUUUCAUUCACGCUGUCACCUACCAGCUGUAGAUGAAGACUCACUUGGGGAAUGGAUUUGUACCUUUUGCGUGUUAAGAACCAGUCAGCAAUGGCGUGACUCCAGCAGCAUGACUGAACAAGAAGCUCUCAAUGCCCCAGUGUCACAAUACAGACUGCACUGCCACUAUCUCCUGUUAUAUGUGUACAAGGAGGACAUCAAGGAGGUGUUUGUCAAGGAUCCACGCCAAACAGUGUUCAGAUACUCUGAGUUCAUAUCUAAGCCGAUGUGGCUAGACAGAAUAAAGGUAAAGUUGGAAAGUGACCAGUAUCAGACAGUUGGCGUGUUUGUUUCGGACUUUCAGCUCAUUUUCAGCAAUUGCAGAACAUUCAAUAAGGACAAUAGGUUUGGGCAAAUGGGUGCCAGGCUGAAGGAAAUGUUUGAGAAGGAGUUCCAGAAAAUCUUCACUAUCCAGUAACAGCUUCCCACACAUAUGUAUAAUAUUUGAAAUGUCGAGCUGCAAGUUAUCAUCAUGUUUUGUCCAUCAUUACAGUGGUAAACACAACAGUGUUCCUUGUGCCGCUGUAAAACUCUUACAGAAACGGAAGUCACUUGCAUCACAGCUCCCCCUACUGUGUGGAUCAGACUCUUCAUUGUUGCAUUUUGAAUUAUGCUUUCUUCAUUUUCAAUGAUUCCAGUUGCAUCUUUAGUGAUUUUGUUGUCCAAAGAGGUGGACUUGGAGGUUUUUUUUUUUUUUGCAAAAGACAGUCAAAUUUGUUAAAUACCAAAUGAAUCGACUAAAGUGACAUUUUUGAAAAUAAGGCAUUUCAAUAACUGACUAAUAAUGUUACUCAACCUAAACAUCGGGGCCUGAUUAAAAAAUGCUCAUUUAAAAGAAAACAUGUCAGACGGACUUAUGCAUUCCAGACAGAUGAGAAUUUGGAUUUCUCCUUCCUCCUUCUAGGAAAUAACGUCUGGAACUUCACUCAAAGUGGGACAUUCUACCUCUGAAGUCGGCGUACAUCGAUCAACCCCGACCUCAGUGAGACGCGUCAUUUGACGUCACUUCCAAGAUGUCCUGAUUCUAAUGAGCAUAAAUGUGAAAACAAACUUUAACAUUAGAUAUUAAGUUCAUGUUGCAUUUGUUUUUGCUUUUCUUCAGCUGUUUUCAAAGCAAUUGUUAUUUUUAUACUGUUGUUGCCAUAACUGACACAAAAACACGAUAUGCUCUCCUUGUGUUGUGGUGAA